AUGGGAGCCAUCGCUCUAGGCGUCUUCAGGGCGCAUCCUCCAGCGCAUCGGAUGUUCCCGAUCACCUUCGACAACGGCGAAGUAGUAUACCCACAGUUUGCCUAUCCUCACAUUCCUCAAUAUAUCCCAAGCCAUGCUGCAACGGCUUUAGGAGUCGGUGUGCCUAUUUUGGUCAUUCUCCUCUGUCAAAUUCGUGUGCGGUCGUUCUGGGACAUCAACAACGGCAUAAUCGGGCUUCUUUAUUCCCAACUUGGCUCCGCAGUCUUUCAGGUCAUGAUCAAAUGGCUGAUUGGUGGCCUGAGACCCAACUUCCUUGAAGUCUGUAAGCCUGAUAUUAGCAAAGCCUCCCAACCAGGGGGUAACGCGACCGGCUUAGACGGUACAGGCUACGGGGGCAUCAUGUACACCUACGAUAUCUGCACAACGGAAAUGGGAGGAUCACUCUCCAACGCACUUGAAUCGUUUCCCUCAGGCCAUACGACGUCCAUGUUUGCCGGCAUGGUCUUCCUGUACCUCUACCUGAACGCCAAGCUCAAAGUCUGGUCCAACUACCAUCCGUCUAUGUGGAAGCUCAUCCUAGCAUACGCCCCCAUCCUUGGAGCCACUCUUGUAGGGGGUUCAUUAACUGUUGACCAGUCCCAUAAUUGGUAUGACAUUAUGGCCGGUGGGCUGAUCGGUACAAUGUUCGCUUUCUCCUCGUACAGGAUGGUCUAUGCUUCUAUUUGGGACUGGCGUUUGAAUCAUGUCCCUCUCCACCGGAAGAUGCCUUUUGAGUACGACCUUGACACCUUCGGAGACGGCCCCGUAGCCACUCGCAAGGCCGGAUGGGGCAAGAAGCGUGUAGGCAGAGGUUCUGGUCCCGACAAGUUUACAAGGUCUCGAUACAGCACCAGUAGAGACGGCCGCGGUGUCGGUGUGCCCCGCAAGGCGGUAACCUCACAAUCAGAUCGACCAAACCACCGACACUCUCCCAAUGACAUGGUUUAA